UCCACACGGAGAGCUCGGCUUGACUGGAGGCUAUCGGAGCUGACGGUCCACGAACAUUGAUCCAUGAUAGCUGUCAAACGUCGGAUCCUUGUGAACGAUGUGUCUCGCGCGCGUCGUUUUCCGGAGCUGAUCAUUGAACAACAAAUAAUUUACGAGUUCGUGAAAGAUUAUGCGCGAAUCAGUGAAGAGUGCUUUAAAAAGCAGUGAAGCACGCCGAGCUGUUUAGUCUAUCGUGGAAUGAGCGGAUAAACUCUUAUUCAGACUCCAAAUAUCGGGACAUUGUUGUUGCGAAUUUGAGUAGUGCUAAUCGGCGCAGAACGUGCCCGAUCGACGUUCGAGAAUGACAGUAAUAAGGAUGACCUCGCCGGUGACGCCUGGAUCGACCAGUCCGGAUUCAUCAAAUGAGGCUCAGGCGCUGCAAGCGACCUCAAAACCGGCUCAUCGAUUGAGUUUUUCUGUCGCGGCCCUGCUGGCGGAGGAUACUAGGAAGACGUCGGAAUCUCCGUCGAAGCAGGAUGCUCUCUUAAUGUCAUCACCGGUUGUCUCGUAUUUGUCGACUCGACAGGAACCUCGUGUCACCAUCAGCUCUUCGGUACCGAAGCAUCUUUGCGACUUGAAAACAUCAAGAUAUACCUCGUCAUCGUCGCCCAGUAAUCAGGAAAUUAGAUUGAGCCAUUGCGUCUCUCCUCACAAUGCUUCGGACUCGGGGACACCUCCAAGAUAUCCCGAAGUGAUCGAUUUCGCUUGCAGUAUCGAAUCACCUAGUAGACGAUCGACUUCUGGUAGCGUAGAUUAUCGAAUGCGUCAGUCUACUGACAUUAGAACCAGCCCGGAACCCGUGGUAGGCUGUUCCUCGUCUCCAAAAAUCAUCAGCAAUCAUCAGGAUGCUGGUUCGCAAUCACCUACGAGCAGUUCUCACGGUGAAAUUCACUCGAGGUGUUCAGAGACGGACGACAUCGAGGAGGACGAUGAGAGUAGACUAGUGGACGUCGAGGAUCUUCAGCAUCAUCCGUCCAGUCCAACUCCCGUUAGACCAACUCCAGCCUAUCUUGGCGGUUUCUCCACUCUCAGUGGUAUACCUGGGAUUCCGCCUAAUUUUCACCCUGCAGUCUGGGGCGGCGGACAUCAGAAUGCAGCUGCAGCUGCGGCGGCUGCAGCAGCCGCAGCUACCGCCACGUUCUUCCCUUCUCACUUUUCUCAUCAUGCUCCUUUAAACGAGAACGGCGAGCCGGCUAAGAUUAAGUGCAACCUGAGGAAGCACAAGCCUAACCGAAAGCCCAGAACGCCCUUCACGACACAGCAGUUAUUGGCCCUCGAGAAGAAGUUCAGAGAGAGGCAGUACUUGAGUGUCGCCGAGAGGGCAGAGUUCUCGUCGUCGUUGCAUCUCACGGAGACACAGGUGAAGAUCUGGUUUCAGAACCGACGUGCUAAAGCGAAACGUUUGCAAGAAGCGGAAAUCGAGAAACUGAGGAUGUCAGCCGUAAGGCAGCAUCAUACGGCGCUCUACGGCUCACAUCCAGGACUCUUAACUUCUGCGGGGCUUUACCCCGUAGGAAUGCUGUCUCAUCCCGGCUUAACACCUCAUCACGCGAUCACCCAGCAUCCCGCGAGAGAAUGAGAGUUGGAAUGUAUGAACAAUGCCGGUCAGAAAAACAGGUGGAUUAACUUGUCAUCGAAUAGCUUGUGGAAUGAUUUCGGAUUAUGCAAACAAAGCAGGUUUAAAACUCAUGUGAUGGUUAAACAUUACAACAUUACGAUGGAAAACAUUUUUUUUGUAAUGAUAAUCGUCGUAAAACGACUUCGAAGAGAAAAAUCUCACGUAAUAGGCUUCACGUUUUCCAGUAUUAAUUCAAAAAAGGCAUCCAUUGAAAAAUUUGUACUUGAAUUCUGUGCCAAUAUUGAUUGAGAUUGUUUUGAACAAGUUAGAAACUGUUGUAAAUAGAAUUGUAAAUACUACCGAUCGCGUUAAUCGCUUUGUAUAUAAAUAUCCUACUGGACUAUUCGAGAAAUGGGAUUACAUUUACAUCGUACAGUGCAAAUAUUGAAACGAAUGAAGCUCGAUACUUCGGAAGAAGAUUCUUUUUCCAAUUUUGUAUAAAUGUAAAGUAAACAUACGAUGAAUAGAAGAGUUUAUUUA